AUCUUCCUUCGCCGGCCACUACGAUCAAUUUGACCACCACAAAAAGGAAACUAGAAAUUUAGGUCGGCGAUGGUGAAGGAGACGGAAUACUACGAUGUAUUAGGCGUCAGCCCUAAUGCCACAGAGGCCGAAAUCAAGAAAGCCUAUUAUAUCAAGGCACGACAGGUUCACCCUGAUAAAAACCCAAAUGAUCCUCUGGCAGCCCAAAAUUUUCAGGUACUAGGAGAGGCGUACCAAGUGUUAAGUGAUACAACACAACGACAAGCAUAUGAUGCUUAUGGAAAAUCUGGAAUUUCAACUGAAGCAAUUAUCGAUCCUGCAGCAAUUUUUGCAAUGCUUUUUGGUAGUGAGCUUUUUGAGGAUUACAUUGGACAGCUUGCUAUGGCAUCAAUGGCUUCCCUAGACAUUUUCGCUGAAGGGGAACAAGUUGAUGCUAAAAAGUUACAGGAACAAAUGAGGGGUGUUCAGAAGGAAAGAGAAGAAAGGCUAGCAGAAACACUGAAAGGUCGGCUGAAUCAAUAUGUUCAAGGAAACAAAGAAGAUUUUACUAAUCAAGCGGAAGCUGAAGUAUCAAGGCUAUCUAAUGCGGCUUAUGGUGUUGAUAUGCUGAAUACAAUUGGUUACAUAUAUGUAAGACAGGCAGCAAAAGAGCUUGGGAAGAAAGCGAUGUAUCUAGGUGUCCCAUUCAUUGCUGAGUGGUUUAGGAACAAGGGCCACUUUAUCAAAUCUCAAGUAACAGCAGCAACAGGUGCAAUUGCUUUGAUCCAACUGCAGGAAGACAUGAAGAAGCAGCUAAGUGCCGAAGGAAACUAUACCGAGCAAGAGCUUGAAGAGUACCUGCAAUCCCACAAGAAGUUGAUGAUUGAUUCCUUAUGGAAGCUUAAUGUAGCUGAUAUUGAAGCCACCCUUUCUCGCGUUUGUCAAAUGGUUCUUCAAGAUAACAACGCAAAGAAAGAAGAACUUCGUUCACGAGCAAAGGGGCUAAAAACCCUUGGAAAAAUCUUCCAGAGGGCCAAGUCAGCCAAUGGUAGUGACAGUGAACCUGCAGUGAGCAGUGUUGUGAAUAAACAACUAAAUGGAAGUGAUACAACCCUUGAUGGUGGUUCUCCUAGCGCAUCAUCAACAUCUUCAAUCUGGGUAGAGCCAUCUCCUUCUACAUUUGGAUCGCAGAGUCCCUAUGUGGAGGCCCCCCCCUUUGCAGAUACUCCAUUUAGCUACAACUUCCCAAGGCCAACAGCACCACCUGGUGCACAAAGACACUCUUGAGGUGGAAAAGAUUUAAGUCGUUUGCUCCCAGCCAUAAUAUGUUAUAUACUUAGGUGGCAGUAAGUGAAGGAACUUCGUUUUCUGUUUGCUGAAAGUCUUCAUACGAGCACUCUGGAGAGCCCAUUCUACCUCCAAACGGGUAGGCACAGCAUAGUGUAUCUUUGAUACACAAUUACCUACAAGAUGCAUGUUGAAGGUCGUUGUAGGACAUAAUUAUUUUCAUUGUUUCAAGCUUCUUAUGAUUGCUCGCCCUGUUACUUGAAUGCCACAAUUGCUGGAGUUCUGCUUUAUUGUGUGUUUUGGUUUCAGAAUGUACAUUUAGGUCCAAGUUUUUGCCUAGCAUGUUCUUUUAUUGGAGAUCUAUUGUCAUAUCUAUUUAAGGAAACAAAAAAACGACUGUAAUAUAUUUUGUUGAUGAAGCUCUGGUAAUGUAAGUUGCAUAAAUCCAUCUUAUUCAAGGCAUGUCUGACAAAUCAUAUAAUCUUGUGAUGGACGUCAUGUUACCUUCUUUUCAUAUUUGUCUUAUAAUCAUUUAUGUAAUGUUAAUUGAUAAAAUCAAUGUAUGUAU